CUGUAGCAAACAGAGUCACGAAGGCAUUGGAAGUCUUAGAAACGCAAACGACUCUCAGAAAAGAGUCAAAAGACAAAUUGAUUUUAAAUUUGAAGAAGACUAAAGAAAAAUUGAAAGGAAUGGAAAUAACUGCCGAGGAAAUCAGAACGUAUGUGGAACAGCAGGAAAUUCGGUUCGGCAGGUUGAUAAGAGAUAAUGAAGAAUUGAAAAAAGAGGGAGAAAUAAUGGAAAGACUUGGCGUGCUGGAAAAAGAUCUAAAAAACAAACAGGACAAUACUAAAACUAUAAUAGAAAGAAUGAUGAAAGAAUGGGAGGAAAGAGAGAGGAUUAGAAUGAAAAAAAACGAGCUUUAUAUAUCAAAUCAAAAAUUAAAAAGCGAUUCAUGGAACAUAGUAGAAGACUCAAGUAAAAUAAUUAAAAAAUUAGAAAACAUAGAGGAUAAUUUGACAGCAGAGAUAAUAGAUGUGGGAAGAAGGAUGGGAGAAAAGAUGGAUGACAGUGAGAUUAUGAUAGGAAGAACGAUUACAGAAAGGAUGAAUGAUAUAGGAAACAUACAAAGAAAAGGACCAGAUGAUAAAAAUACAGAAAGAGGAAAGGAAGAGAGAACAACAGAACAUACCGGCACAAAAUCUACAUAUGCCGAGGUGCUAAAGGAACGCAAAACUAGAGUCCCAAAAACUCUCCAUUCAGUAAUAGUGACAUCAGACAAUCCCACAGAUACGAGUGAGCAAGUCCUUAAUAGAGCAAAAGAAAAGAUAAAUGCGAAAAAAGAAGGAAUGAAAAUAGACCGAAUUAGAAAAUGCAAAGACCAGAGAAUAAUAAUAGGAUGCGAAACAGUAGAACAAAUUAGAAAAAUAGAAGACAAAUUAAAAAAGGACAAGGGACUAAAAGUCGAAAGAAUAAAAAAUAAAGACCCUCUGGUAAUCUUAAAGGACGUGUUUAACGAUAUUGAAGACGACGAACUUAUAUCAGCAAUUAGGGAACAGAACGAAAAUAUCUUUAUGGGAUUACCGGAGGAAGAAACCAUAAUAAAAAUCAAAUUUAAAAAGAGUACUAAGAACAAAACCACCACUCAUGUAGCGCUGCAGGUUAGACCGGCACUGUAGCAGAGGAUGACCGGGGAUGGAUACCUACACGUGGACCUGCAGAGAGUCAGGGUAGAGGACCAGUCACCGGUGAUCCAAUGCACAAAGUGUCUGGAGUUUGGGCACGGGAGGGAAUUUUGCGCCGCGAGUGCGGACAAGUGCAGUCACUGCGGGGGACCCCAUCUUCGAACGGAAUGUCCGGAGAAGGACGAAAAACCCCCAAGGUGCUGCAACUGCUCGCACUCGGGGCAGCAGGACACCUCCCAUAAUGCCUUCAGUAAGAAUUGUCCAGUUAGGGAAAAAUGGGACUUUCUGGCUAGAGCCACUACGGCGUACAGCUAGACAGGAAAAGAAUAGGAAAAACACCACAUUAGACAGACAAAACAAACGACACAAAGAACAUUAUAA